UCCCGGCCCUGAGCUGCUGCAGUGGGUCCGUUGCUGGUGUCGGUGUGCGGCUCCCAGGGCAUAAACCCCCUUUUUGGUGCCCCAGGUGCUGAUCCCCGGCUGCUCCCCGCCGUCCUCCGCUUGCAGGGUCGGGGCGGCUUCAGCCCCACGAGGGCCCCGCAGCCAUGUCCACCUUCCGGCAGGAGAGCGUGGAGGACUUCUACGAGAUGGGGGAAGAGCUGGGCAGCGGCCAGUUUGCCAUUGUACGAAAAUGCCGGGAGAGGAAAACGGGUCUGGAAUACGCAGCCAAAUUCAUCAAGAAGCGUCGGCUGUCAUCCAGCCGUCGGGGUGUGAGCCGGGAGGAGAUUGAGAGGGAGGUGGACAUCCUGCGGGAGAUCCAGCACCCCAACAUCAUCACGCUGCACGACAUCUUCGAGAACAAGACGGACGUGGUGCUGAUCCUGGAGCUGGUCUCGGGCGGCGAGCUCUUUGAUUUCCUGGCUGAGAAGGAGUCCCUGACGGAGGAGGAGGCCACCCAGUUCCUCAAGCAGAUCCUGGACGGCGUGCACUACCUCCACUCCAAGCGCAUUGCCCACUUUGACCUGAAGCCGGAGAACAUCAUGCUGCUGGACAAGAACGUGCCAAACCCUCGUAUCAAACUCAUCGACUUCGGGAUUGCCCACAAGAUUGAGGCCGGGAAUGAAUUCAAGAAUAUAUUUGGGACCCCGGAGUUUGUAGCCCCAGAAAUUGUGAACUACGAACCCCUGGGGCUGGAGGCUGACAUGUGGAGCAUUGGAGUCAUCACUUACAUCCUGCUGAGCGGAGCCUCCCCCUUCCUGGGGGAAACGAAGCAGGAGACCCUGACCAACAUAUCCGCCGUCAACUACGACUUCGACGAGGAGUAUUUCAGCAACACCAGUGAGCUGGCCAAGGACUUCAUCCGCCGCCUGCUCGUCAAGGACCCCAAGAAGCGGAUGACCAUCGCUCAAAGCCUGGAACACCCUUGGAUUAAGGUGAUCAAGAGGAGGAACGUCCGCAAUGAAGACAACUGCAAGAAGCCCGAGCGCCGCCGGCUGAAGACCACGCGCCUGAAGGAGUACACCAUCAAGUCCCACUCCAGCAUGCCGCCAAACAACACAUACAUCAACUUUGAGCGCUUCUCCAAGGUCAUGGAGGAGGUGGCUGCAGCCGAGGAGAGCCUCCGAGAGCUGGAGAGGAACAAGAAGUCCUUCCAGGAGGACAUCGAGGCCCUGCUGUCCAUUUAUGAGGAGAAGGAGACGUGGUACAAGGAAGAGAACGAGAGCAUCAGCCAGGAUCUCCGCCAGAUCCGUCAGGAGCUGCAGAAGACAGAGGCCCUGAAGAAACAGGCGCAGGAGGAGACCAAGAGCGUGGUGCAGGUGGCCAACGGCCUCAAGAGGCGUUACCGAAAGCUGGAGAACCACUACGAGGCAUUGGCCAAGCAGGUGGCUUCAGAGAUGAAGUUUGUCCAGGAGCUGGUGUGGUCCAUUGAGCGGGAGAAGCUGCAGAGCGGUGAGGGAGAUGGCAGCAUCCGCUAGCUCGGCCGGAGCCAGGGUCGGCUGCCCUCGGGCUGAGGUUGGGUCGUCCUUCCCGGAUCCCCCCCGCUGACCCGCAGCGGCAGGCAGCGCCGAAGGGACCUCGGUGGCUCUGCCCCUUGCUCGCCCAAGGAGCCGGUCCACCGACAGCUUUCGGUAAAUGUCCCCGGGC